AUGAUAGAGGCUUACGAUGGGGUCACAGAUCCACUUGACCAUCUAUGGACUUUUGUUGAUCUGAUGAGCCUCUAUGCAGCACUCGAUGCGGUAAUGUGUCGGUCUUUUUCCCCGACUCUUAGGAGGGAAGCCAGAGACUGGGUGGCAACACUUGUCCCCCGGUCUAUCCGAACAUUUGAUGAACUUUCCAGGAGCUUUGUAGCCUACUUCCUGAGUAGCAAGAGAAAGAGGAUGACAGCCAUUGGACUAAUAUUUAGCCGUGCGAUCCUUGGAAUAGAGGACCUUCAGAUGUCGACGAUGGUGACUGCGUUAAUGAAUGGAACUCGAAACCGGGCUUUCAAGAUGUCACUUUCUAAGAACCCCCCAGAAUCAAUGCACGACCUAUUGAAAAAGGGAGACAAGUAUGUUGAUACUAAGGAGACGGAGAAGGUCAUAAAAAACCUCAGAGAGGGAUGGGAAGUAGAAAGUCACAAGCACAAGGCGGGGGACGAGCUAAGACCUGCCAACAAAAAUAGGCCAAUGAGUGAGCAGAUGGUGAAUGAGGCCGCCCAAGACCGGCCAGCCAGGCACAAACAAGAGGAGUCCAGGGCGUUCAUCCCUUUGAACACCCCCCAUGCCAAACUAUUGCUGGAAAUACGAGACAUGAAAGAGCUAGAAUGGCCGAGACCCAUGGUAACGCCAACAGGCAAAAGAAACCAAGGCAGAUAUUGUCAUUUUCACAAGAAUCACGGGCAUGAUGCUAAAAAGUGCCUGCAACUAAAGGAGGAGAUCGAGCGCCUCCUAAGGCGGGGUCUCCUAGGCAAGUAUGUGAAGGAUAAUCGGGGGAAGCAAAAGAUGGAGGAUCGUCCCCCACCUAGGGCCAGAGUGAUAAACAUGAUUACAGGAGGGUUAGCAGGAGGGGAAGAUUCAAACUCGGCAAGGAAAAGCUUCGCGUGCUCUCUCGGGAUCUGCUCCAUCCAAAAGAAGGCAAGGUUCAGCCAAAGCAUCACUUUUGGCGAGGAAGACUUGAUAGGCGUGGCGCACCCCCUUGAUGAUGCCUUACUUAUAGUAGGCGACAUAGCUGAUUUUGACGUCAAAAGAGUAUUGGUCGACGGGGAAAGUGUCGCAAAUGUACUCACCUGGGACUUUUUUUAG